AUGAACAGAGUAGCAGUUCUUGAUGCAUCCAUCGAUUUUCAUCAGAAUGCUCUCAACCUCUGCCAUGCUGGACAUCCUGACCAGUUUGUGUUACUGAUCAGUCUUACAACUGCUUUGCUCGAAUGCUUCAAGCGAGGCGGGAGAGAUGCUGAUUCGGAAGAGUCAACAAAGCUCCAUCGGUCUGCUCUUCAACGUUGGCCAUCAGACCAUCCUGACCGGUACUCACCACUGGUUAACCUAGCAAAUUGCUUGUCGAUGUGUCUUGGACAUAGUGGACAGAUUGAUGACCUUGACAAAUCAAUUCAGUACUACCAGGAAGCUUUGGAUCUUUGCACAGACGGACAUGCGGAUCGACCGCUGUUGUUGAGUAAACUUGCUUUCUGCCUCUGUACUAGGUUUAAGCAGUAUGGACAGUUGCAUGACCUUAAUCAUUCAAUCACACUCCACCACGAGGCCCUUGUGCUGAAUCCAAAAGGUCAUCCUAAUCGAUCCUCGACUUUGAGCAACCUUGUAAACGCACUGUUGACAAGGUUCCAGCAUGAUUGCAAAGUCGAGGACCUGAAAGAAUCCAUUAAAUGCCACUGGGAAGCAUUGCGUCUUCGUCCAGUAGGCCACAUAGAUCGGCCAUCGUCGCUAACCAACCUUGCCAAUGCGUUGCUCGCCAAUUUUGAACACAGCGGCAAAGAAGAGGACCUUAGAAUAUCCAUAUCGAACCACGGAAAAGCUUUGGAUCUAUGUCCUGAAGGCCAUCAUGAUCGGUCUGCAGCAUUGGGUGCUCUUGGGCAUGCAUAUUUUACUCGGUUCAGGUUGUCGAGGUUGUCAGAUGACUUUGAGCAAUCCAUUCAACUACUUGAACUUGCAACAGCCCACACCUUCUCCAGUGUGCUGGUGCGCCUUGAGGCAGCAAGGAAAUGGGCAGAAUAUGCACGGUCUCAUACACAUUACUCUACUCUCAAUGCGUAUAGCACAGCCAUGUUACUUCUUCAACGAGCUUUCUCUGUCAGCCCCACACUGAGCACGCAGCGCACGUUUCUCCUACAAAAUACCAAAUAUAAGGCCCUAGCCUUGGAUGCUGCUUCUUUCGCUAUAGCAGAGGGCAAACGCGAUGAAGCUGUUGAACUUCUCGAACAAGGAAGGACCUUGCUCUGGUCGCAGAUGCGUGGGUUCAGGACACCCUUGGAAUGGCUUUCAGGGACGAACAAAGACCUUGCAGACAGGUUCAAGCGUGUUAGUCGUCAACUGGAAAAUCUCGUAACAUCCAAUUCGAACACAGAUAGACCCGUCAGUGGAUCACACAUGUUCUCCUCGAAUACAGAACAACAAUCGUUCGACGAGAUGCUGAACUUGAAGCAUCAACUUUUGGACCACCAGGAGGAGGCUAUCAGCGAAAUACGUCGAAUCCCUGGAUUUGAAAGUUUCCUUGCAGCCACACCCUUCAAAGUACUGCAACGGCCCGCUACAGAGGGACCAGUCAUUGUUGUCAACCAUUGCAAACAUCGAUCAGAUGCCCUCAUCAUCCUCGACCGCGAGGACUUACCAGUUGACAGGGUUGUCUCCAAAGUCGUAGACAAACUGAACGAGCUCGGAAUUGCUGAAGGCUCGCGCAUUUGGUGGUGCACUACAUCUUUGUUAUCUGCGCUUCCCUUCCACGCUGCAGGACCUUUCGAGGACACAAACGGCACUAUGGCGUAUCUGUUGGACAAAUACGUUUCAUCAUAUACUCCUACACUCGGAGCACUCAUCAAUGCACGGUUAGAUGGGGUCAGAGGAGAACCGACAGUACUUGUCAUCGGGGAUACUUCACUUCGCUCAGCUAAGCAGGAAAUUAGAAACAUCAGGAAUUGUGGGAUUAGCACCAAAUUGCUCAUCGACAAGAAAGCAUCUCGUGAUGCAGUAAUCACAGCGCUUCCGGGAACAGAAUGGGCCCACUUCACUUGUCAUGGAAAUAUGGAUCCAGAGCCUUUCAACUCUUUGUUGAAGCUGCCAUCUGGCGGGCUGACUUUACUCGACAUUGUCCGAGCAAAUCUUCCAGAAGCGGAAUUUGCGUUCCUUUCCGCCUGUCAUAGUGCUGAAAUAGCUCACGAUAGCGUGUAUGAUGAAGUUCUUCAUCUAGCUGCGGCGAUGCAGUUCUCUGGAUUUCGAAGCGUGAUUGGUUCAAUGUGGGAACUGCUUGAUGAGGAUAGACCUCUUUUCGCCAAGGCUGUCUACGCGUACAUGUGCGAUUGUGACGAAGGGGAUGUACGGUAUAAGAGGGCGGCUACAGGCCUUCGCAAAGCAGCUCUUGAUCUAAGAGCACGAGAAGGCCUUGCGACUGAGAGAUGGGUCAACUUGAUUCACAUAGGCGAUUGA